AUGGCACAAAAUGCUGCUCAAGUUGCUUACCAUAGCUUCAAGUGGCAAUACACAACAUUGAUAUUAUUUAACGCUUCAUGUUUAUACGGACUUGACGUAUUUGUUAAAUCAUAUGACAAAAAUAUUAAACUAUACAAUAUGAUGGAAUCCGUACCGGAUUUAAAAAGUGAAGAUGUUAACCAGAUCAUCUUAUUCGUAGCUGAUGUGGCAGAUGCACAGGCGUUUUUAAAUGUAAUAGAAAGACAAAAACUUAAAGCAAAUGCUAAAUUUAUAAUAAUUUGUGAACACAGUAACGAAUGUGACGAGACUCAAGCCGUAAAAAUACUGUGGACUUAUAGAAUUUUUAAUGUAAUAUUUAUUAAAAACGAAGAUUCUUUAAUAAGUGGCUAUACAUACUUUCGAAGUGAACGUUGCGAUCACCCAACACCCCGGAGGCUUGAACAUUGGGACAAAUGCAUUGAGUCUUCUGAAAAAGUUAUUAAGCUUUGCAAGAAGCAUAUGUUUCCACAAAAAUUCAGGAAUUUUCACCGCUGUCCCUUGAUUGUUUCGACAUUUGAACAACAUCCCUUCAUGUACAUUAACGAUGGUGUACCGUAUGGUGCUGAUGGAGAUUUGCUGCGUUGUAUAGUGCAUACUCUCAAUGCAACGCUUGUCCUGAUCUCACCGCGUGAUGAUGACGGCUGGGGUAGUUAUGAGAAUAAUACUUGGACUGGUUCUCUUGGUGAUGUUUACAACGACCUGGCUAAUGUUUCUAUGACAUCAGCUUCAAUCACUUUCAAUCGAUUAAAAUACUUCGAUAUGUCUAUAAAUUAUAAUUCUUUGGAUUUGGUUUGGAUCACGCAUCCGUCAGAAUUUGAAUCUUCAUCGCUUAAGUUGCUAAAACCGUUUACAAGAAAAGCCAGAAUGCUCUUUGUAGUUUCAUUAAUGAUUCCCCUUGUUAUACACAUCCUUUUAAAAUUGAGAAUUAUGGAUAAGGUCAAGACAAGAUUCAAAACAGGUUUAUCUUCUGAUUCUUUUUUUAUGUAUGCAUUACAAAUAAGUUUGGGUUUUUCGGUAACCAAGUAUCCGAAGAAUUUUUAUAAACACGUGUUUCUAUUUUGGGUAUGGUACUGGUUCUUUGUAAGAACAUUGUAUCAAGUAUACCUUAUACAUUCCCUGCAUACAGAUAUACCUCUUAAUACUAUAAAUACUUUAAGUGAUGCUAUCGAAGAAGGUUACCAGUAUGGAAGCAGUCCAUCUAUAAGAGAUUAUUUUGUGGAUGAUCAAUUUAUAUAUAAAAAUUGGGUUUUUAUAGACACCAAUGAAAUGUUUCCUACUAUGAUAGAUUUGACUAAAGGUAAGAAAUUUGUCUUUGCUAUAAACUUGGUGUUCGUUAAAUUGUUUAGGCGAAAUACGCGUCUAUCAUUACGUAUUCUGCCACAUAAAAUAUUGAAUAGCCCGACAGUAUUGUUUUUUAAAAAACAUUCGUGUUUGACUCACGAUGUUAAUCAUGUAUUAACGCGCCUUUUUGAAGCUGGUAUACCAGAUGCAUUAUAUGAAAACUACAUUUAUAGGCCUAAACAAGAAAAUAAUACACAAGAAGUACUUUUUUUUAAACAUUUUCAUACUUGUUUUACAAUAUUGGUAUUCGGUUAUAUAUUAUCCAUCGCUGUUUUUGUAUUAGAGAAACUGUUUGGCGCAGAUUGUAAAAUAUUCAGAAAUAUCUAUCGGUAAAUUAACUUUUCACAAUAAUUCUUCCUUGUUGCGUGUCUUUAGCUUAUAUUUCUUGUACUAAAAUGUAUGUUAUUCUAUCACUACUAAUCACCAUGAAUAAAAAAUAAUCACUAAAUGUCGUAUGUAAUUGAUAGCUUUUCGUAAAUUAUGAAGCAUAAUAACUAUCCUGCUUUAUUAAUUAUUUUGU